CUUUCCGUCAGCAGACAACAGCGGGCUGUUUGUUGUGAGUAAGCCGGUUUGGAAAGAGAGCAAGCUGGUGUGUGUGUGUGUGUGUUUGUGCUUCAGGAUUAGAACAGUGUGUGAGAAUGUCAGGAUUAGAGCUGGCGUGUAAAUGGGAGAAGUGUGGGUCGCAGCAUGAGCCGAGAGCGUUGAUGAGACAUAUCACGGAGGUGCACUCGCACCCAGGGGACCUCCAAUGUCUGUGGGAAGGGUGUGGGCAGAUGGAGGCGAACCACUAUGCGCUGAUCAACCACAUACGGUCGCACGUGAAGUACUGUCCAUUCACGUGUUUUGUCACGGACUGCGAUGAAGAGUUCCCCAACGCGGAUCAACUCCAAGUGCACCUGAAGGCCAGGCACGAGGAGCACAAGGACAACAAGUUGUCCUGGUUCACCUUCCUGGACCAAUUCCGCUAUUCGUCGCCACUGUUGAACGCACCUCCUCCGAAGAAGUUCUCCAAGAUAUCAGACCGCGAGUUCAACAGGAUGCUCAAUAGCCGCAAGAUUGACUUCUUGAAGAUUUCCAACGUCACUGCGGAUGACAUUGUCAGUGAGCCCUCGAGGAAGAAGGGCCGUACUGCGAACGCUGAGAUCAACGCUGAGCUGAGGGAACAGUACAGAGUCGACAACUCUGCCUUUAAGACGCAGAUCAUGGAGCAGGCCACAAGGACGUUCGAAGACGCACAGACACUAGAACCUCUACCACGGGAUGAAGAGAUUGACAAGUUAUCAAGAGAGGAGUUGGUUAAUCUAUACGCUGACUUGGAGAGGAAAUAUGUGUGGUCCUUGGAGGUUCACGAAUUGUUAAAAGAACAGUUGGAAGAUGUCGAGAGACAGAGAGACACCUUGAUAAAUGACAAGGAGCUGUUGUUGGAUGCGUCCAUAGCACUGGAGAUCAAAGGUGAUGAAUCAUUGUAUAAACUGGAGUAACAAGACAUUAAAUAACUGUCACGUGAUUUGAUACCAACUCUACGAUUAUGU